GUACAGUAAUGCCCUCCUCUUUAUUUCCUAGGUUAGAUGAGUCAACAAAACGCACCAAUAACAUUGGGUACCCUAUGUAGCAGCCUACCACAGAAACCCCAAUUCUUGUUUUGAUCCGCCAUGUUUGUUUUGUGGAGAAAUGCAAUUUCAGUCCUCGCUAAGCAACCAAAAGCUUGGAUCCUUAGAAGUUCUUUAACUAGAAAGCAACGAAAAUGCUCGACAUCUGCAAAAGUUUUAGUCAACGGAGUAAAUUUGCAUUACGAGAAAGCUGGCUGUGGGAAUCACGUUCUGUUAUGCAUUCCUGGCGCUCUUGGGUCUACUCAGAGUGACUUUGGACCUCAGUUGAAGGGCCUAUGUAAGGACUUCACGGUUAUAGCAUUCGAUCCUCGUGGAUACGGCAAGUCCAUCCCGCCUGUGCGAGAUUUUCCAGACGAAUUCUUCCCUAGAGAUGCGUCUGACGCAGGCAUGCUGAUGAAGGUACUUGGUUAUUCUAAGUAUUCCCUUCUUGGAUGGAGUGAUGGUGGCAUUGCCGCUAUGAUCCUCGCAUACACCAACCCCAAGAAUGUCCAAAGUAUGGUGGUGUGGGGAUCAAACUCAUACAUCACCAAGGAAGAUCUGGACAUGCUGGAACCAACCAGGGAUACUUCUGCCUGGAAUCCAAAAAUGAGAGAUCCAUUGGAAGCUGUAUAUGGUGCAGAGGGGCUAAAAAACAUGUGGUCUGGCUGGCUAGAUGCAUUCACACGUAUUUACAACAAAAAGGGUGGGAACUUAUGUAAAGACUACCUCCCAAUGAUUCGGUGCCCAACACUCAUUGUGCAUGGCGUGAAGGACCCUCUGGUGCCAAUGUUCCACCCCGAGUAUCUCCACAAGCACAUCCCAGGGUCCACACUCCACCUGAUGCCAGACGGAAGACACAACCUGCACCUUCGCUACGAGCACGAGUUCAAUAAUUUAGUCACUGAUUUCUUAAAAAAACAUGCUCACAAGUGAGGUUAUGUUAGACAGAUAUGACAGAUGGUGUACUUGUUAAAUUAACCAGGGGAGUGUGGGGCUUGUGUACUGUACUCGUUAAAUUACCUGGGGGGGGGG